GCAGUGCUACCAACAUGCGAGCGCUCGCAACGGUGUGUUUCUCUUUCCGGCUAGCGCCAUUGUCAAACACGGACGUGUAAAACAAAAAUAAGACCAUGUCAGAGGUUGAGGCAUUCGAGAACUUCGAGGAGGCCGCCCCGGCCCAGGUCUUCGACCAGGCCCCGGUGGUCCAGCCGGCCGAGCUUCCGGACAUUAAGCUGUUCGGUCGCUGGAGCAGCGACGACAUCCACAUUUCGGACAUUUCCGUGUCGGAUUACAUCGCCGUCAAGGAGAAGCACGCCAAGUAUCUGCCGCACUCGGCCGGCCGGUACGCGGCCAAGCGCUUCCGCAAGGCCCAGUGCCCGAUCGUGGAGCGGCUUACCAACUCGCUGAUGAUGAAGGGCCGCAACAACGGCAAGAAGCUGAAGGCGGUCCGCAUCGUGCGCCACGCGUUCGAGAUCAUGCAUCUGCUAACCGGCGAGAACCCGCUCCAGAUCGUGGUCCAGGCCAUCAUCAACUCCGGACCCCGCGAAGACUCGACCCGUAUCGGUCGCGCCGGUACCGUCCGCCGUCAGGCCGUCGAUGUGUCGCCGCUGCGUCGCGUCAACCAGGCCAUCUGGCUGCUGUGCACCGGAGCCCGCGAAGCCGCAUUCCGUAACAUUAAGACCAUCGCCGAAUGCUUGGCCGACGAGCUGAUCAACGCUGCUAAGGGUUCCUCCAACUCGUACGCGAUCAAGAAGAAGGACGAACUGGAACGUGUUGCCAAGUCUAACCGAUAAGCGGUUACUGUGCUUCGUCAAACAAACAAAAACACUUCUUGGCUCCGGUGGUUGCCCUCUCACGUUUUACUAUGUGUGUGUUGUGCGCGCGCAUAACCAAACCAACUUACAUCCUAAGAUCCGCUUGCGCAUUCAAAAACGUGAAUAAAACUUGAAAAUGAUGUAAAAAUUGAC